ACACACCUCACUUUCUAAACGUGGGCGUUUUUUUCUGCUCAGAUAAAUGACGUCUGUAUCUAAAAGUACAGUUUAUUUCUGUGCACUUCCAGAACCACUAUACCAGACUGCAUACUGUAAUCAGUAUUCUUACAGAAGGAUUUAUUGACAUUACAAAAAUGUAUGUGCAAUGCAGAUAAUGCAGAGGAUUGUAUAAGUUCAUACAUUUAGAUCGAUAGUUUCGUUUUUAGCGUCAAUUAUUCAAUUUAUUGUCAUCUGCGCUUACUGCGCAUGCGUGCGCCGAAGCAUGGGAAAAGUUGGGUGUGCGUUUUGAACUGAGCGAGAGGAGCGAGGAGGGGAGAUGUUCUCCUGAAGCAGAGCAGCUGAUGAAUCCGGUGGGGCUCAGGAUCUUCAUAAACCUUCUGUUUAAAAAAGAAAGAAAAGCGAGAAAUCAUGAGCCAUGAUACCUGCAGGAUCCCUGUGGCUGAAUCUGAUGAAGCUGAUGCUGUUCUUCAAUCACAGAACUAACAACUAGAAGAAAAGAUGGAUGACUGUCUUCAGAAGAGUCUGAGUGUUCUGGACCGCCUCCUCCUCACACACUCCAUCUGGCUUCAGCUAUCCAUCAACCCAGACUCCGCCCUCUGCAUCCUGCAGAGAGAAAUAGUUGGGACCUUUCUGGUGUGUAAGUGUACGUCCACUCAGAGGAAGGUGCUGUGUGUGAGAGUUCAGGAGAGCAGUCUGAGUGUCACACAGUACCCCAUCCGUGAGGAAGACUCCACUUUCGCUUUAGAGAGUUCAGCCUUGAGCUUUCCCGACCUCUGCAGAUUAGUGGCCUUCUACUGCAUCAGCAGGGAUGUUCUGCCCUUCCCACUGGAGCUUCCUGAAGCUAUUGCACAAGCCACCAACCACACACAGCUAGAGACCAUCUCACACCUCGGCCUGGAGUUCUGGAGUUCGCAGGCCUCUCCAGGUCCUCCUAAUGGCCCCCCUGCUGUGUCAGUGCGCAGGACGUCCCGGACAGGAUCCCCCUGCUUUAUUAACCCCCUGUUCCUGCAGCCGCCUCCGCCCAGCCGAGGGGCUUCACACAAGCGCCACAGGUUCAAGCGCAGCCUGAGGGUCCGCGUGUCAACUGAGUCCUCCUUCUGCCUGUCCUCCGCCGAGCCGGACUGGAGUGAGUCGGACAGACUGAGGAGCGGACAGGGGGGCUCGCGGAGGGCGGGGGGACUGAGCGUGCUCAGACGGACCCCUGCUCUGGUUCCUACCUCAGAAGAAGAGGAUGAGCACAUGCUGGGAGAAAUGCCUCCAGCCACAUCGGCACCUCAGCAAGAAGAGGUGCAGGAGAUGAUUCAGGACGAGGGGGUCUGCUUGGCGUUGGAGCGGCGCCGUGCCCCGUCAUUGGCCGAGCUGGACAGCAGCAGCUCCUUCAGCAGCUUAGAGGAGGAAGACUCUCAGCUGGACGCCAGUUUGCAGUGGCCUCCCGCCGCCCGGGGCUCCCGGUUCCCAGUGGCCAACCCGGCCUCCACCCUGCGGCGCAUGAGCGCUGCCUUUGUGUGUGUGUUCGCCCCCGAGCGGAGGGUGGCCCGGCUGGUGGACGAGCUGUCCCGGGACAGGAGAUCUGUUUUCGGCUCUUUGGUCCAGGACUUCUUGGAGAAGCAGAAGGAGGAGCUGAAGACCCCGAGCUGGAGCUCCGCUGUGCAGCUGCUGCAGGGAGUGAGGAGGUUCCUCUCACAAGCUAAGAACCUCCUGCUGGAAGCUGGAGAACUGGAACCGCCCAUUGAGACACUGGUGCCUGAGAAUGAGAAAGACCUGGCCCUGGAGAAAGCUCUGUUUGGCUGUGUCCUGAAACCUCUGAAGCUUCAGCUGGGUCAGACGCUGCUGUCCCUCCACACCCAGGACGGCUCUCUCCAGAGGUUCGCCAACAGCCUGCAGGCCUGCCAGCAGGGGACGCUAGAGCGCCUGGGCGUGCGCUCCGGGGUCCUGGAUGCUCAGGGCAUUGAAAGGGCUAAGAAGAAGCUGACUUUAAUGCAGCGAAGCCACUCGCCUAUAGACAAAGUGCUGCUGCUUCUACAGGUGUGCAAGAGUGUGUAUAAGGCCAUGGGAUCACAGCCUGGUCAGGACUACAGCUCGGAGGACUUCCUGCCAGUACUGUCUUAUGUAGUAGUCCAGUGUAACAUCCCACAACUCAUGCUGGAGACAGAGUACAUGAUGGAGCUGCUGGAGCCGUCAUGGCUGACAGGGGAAGGAGGGUACUACUUGACGAGCGUCUACGCCAGCGUGUGCCUAAUCCAGAGCCAGCCUGGGACCCCAUCCACCAGCGGCUUAACCAACGAAGCCCGAGAGAGUUUAAGAGAGUGGAGCAGGAGACGAGGCCAAGAGGCCAAGAUCCAAAGAGAGAGCCAGCAGAACCAGAGGUUCGUGCGUAUCCUGUUCCAGAACACAGAGCGCAGUGCGGCGCAGACCCUGCACUGGAAGGCGGGCGAGAGCGUGGAGGUGUUGACCCAGACCUGCGCCGGGGUGUUCGGGGUGAACGAUCCUCAGCACUACUGCCUGUUCUGGAGGACCGGAGGGGAGAUGCAGCCCCUGCCUGCGCACACACAGCCCCACGAGCUGGGCACCCACUCGGAGGGCGCCUCCACCCUGUCCUACCUGCGCAGGGACCACGACUUCAGCAAGAUGCGCAGGCUGACCAGAGGAGGCGCUGUGGACAUCGAGGAGUCGGUGUGUGAGGAGUGAGAGGAGCGGACAGGAGGCGAGGACUUUGACUUCGGUUCUUCAGUUCGCUUCAGAGAAGAUCUUCGCUUCACUGGCCCUGAAUUCCACAGGGGUUCGGUGCGAAGGACUGUGGAGUGUGUGUGUGCUUGCGUGUGUGUGUGUGUUUGCUUGCGUGUGUGUGUUUGCGUGUGUGUGUAUGUGUGGGUGAGUGUUUACUUCAGAUAUUGCAAAAAUGCUCAGUUUUGAUGCUCAGUUUUGCGUGUCAGUCUGCCACCGAAGACUCAGCGAGGCUGAGAAGUUGGAGAAUGAGCUGGAAUGGAGAACGAUCCUUGGCAAUAAUGCUUAAAGCAAUAUUUGCCGACAAAGGAAUCAGGAACCUUCACUUUUUUAAAGAACUCCUGCUGCACACAAUCUUCAGUAUCCGUGGUUCUAGCUGUCAGUGUCAUGAGUGUGGUUGCCAAGGGUCUUUGCCUGCCGAACUUCUAUACCAAAGUGUUGAACAUGAUGUCUUUAUACAGCAUCUUUUUUUUAACAGGUGGGUGAACAAAAGAAAUCUCUAUCUCUAUACAUAUACAUAUAUACAUAUAUAUAUAUUUAUUAUGUACAGUCACACACGUAUGCAUCUGAGAUGCCCCAAGUGUCAGUAUGAAGCAAGCAGGCUCUAUCUGCGGUAUUGUAGUGCUUUAAAAUGAAAAGAAAGACGACAGAGGAGAAGGUUUCUGGUCUCGUAACAGAACAUCUUAUUAUUUUCUAGUAUUUCGAUUUUGUCUCUGGUAUCUUUUUAAACCAUAAAACUUGAAAAAAAAAUAAUUGUGCUUAAUUUCGAGCUACUUUCCUUCGCUCAGUAUUGACUGAACUGAAUGAACUGAAUGUCUUUCUUUUGUAUAAAUAACGUCCAGGCUGAAAUUUCGUAAGUGAAUUCUCAAGACUUUUCACGCAAAUGGAUGUUCCGAAGAAGUUCUGGCUGGGUAGCAGAGAAGCGUCUGGCCCGUGUUUCGUACCGUGUUGCAUUCGCUGAAUGUGCUGUAAUGGUAACACCCUAUGGUGGUUUUUAAGUGAUCGCACCAACACUGCCAAGCAGACUGACUGGUUUUACGUCCACCCAUUCCGUCAUUUCCCGUCGGACGCUUAAUAUUGUACCACUUUAUUGCUGUCCUAUAUUGUACGGUUUUUAAACUCUGCAGACUUUCAGUGAGGAGCAAAUUUCACCACUCAGUGCAAAUGGACUUUAUAUUUGGAUGAUGUUGAAAUAUUUGAUUUCUGCAUGCGGCCAGUUGUGAUGAUGAGUUGUCGCUGAUGCUGAUGUCAUGUGCAUGUUUGGAUCGCUACAGUAAGAUGUUUGUUUUUUUUAAUGGAUGCACUGAUGCGACUGUGCUGUAUUUUUGUUCAGUAACAAACUGCAUUAAAUCUUUGUGAAUGCUCUGAGUGAAAAAAAUAA